AUGGCAAUAAGCUUUUUCGAUCAAUUUGCAAGCUCCUCCUGUAUAGGUGUUCCAUUAAUUGCCAUCGCAAUUGCCCUACCAUGAGUGAUAUACCCCACUUCUACAUCACGGUGAAUUAAUAACCGCCUUAUUACUAUCCAAGGGUGGUUCAUUAACCGAUUUACUAACCAACUUAUACUGCCACUAAGUAUAGGAGGCCACAAGUGGGCACUACUAUUAGCCUCUCUAAUAGUAUUUUUAAUUACUAUUAAUAUAAUCGGACUAUUACCAUAUACUUUUACCCCAACAACACAACUAUCAUUAAAUAUAGGAUUUGCCGUCCCACUAUGACUCGCUACAGUUAUUAUCGGAAUACGUAAUCAACCAACAGUGGCUCUCGGCCAUCUCUUACCAGAAGGCACACCUAUCCCUCUAAUCCCCGUACUUAUUAUUAUUGAAACAAUUAGCCUUUUUAUUCGGCCAUUAGCCCUCGGCGUACGACUAACAGCCAAUCUCACCGCAGGACACCUUUUAAUUCAGCUAAUCGCCACAGCCGUAUUUGUCCUUCUCCCAAUAAUACCCACAGUAGCAAUUAUUACAGCCGCCAUCUUAUUCCUCCUAACACUAUUAGAGGUAGCAGUAGCAAUAAUUCAAGCCUAUGUAUUUGUCCUUCUCCUCAGCCUGUACUUACAAGAGAACGUUUAA